CACUAUCCAUAGAAAGACUCAUCAAGAACAUAGAAUUCUAAAGUGAGCUAAAUAGAGUUUAAUUUGCAAGAAUAUGAUGGGAGCUAUGGAGAAACCUUUGAUCAUGAGAAAGGACACUUUGAGCUGUGAAAAGGAGAAGGCUAUUCAACAUAUCACCAGAGGAUAUGAGCUUACUAAACAGCUUCAGUCCAUGGUACUGUUCUGCGGUGAGCCAUGUUCGGAGCUUCCUGCAGGUGUCCUCUUUGAAGAGGUACUUCAAGCUCUGACAACGGCUUUAACAAAUCUCAAGUUCAGUACGUCUGAUCCAAAGACCAUAAAAGAGACCAGCUCUUUUUGCCUCAGUGAUGAUCAAGGGAGUGAGACUUCAAAUGAGAUCAAUAGUGGAUCUCGUAAAAGGAGAAAAGUGAUUCCAUGGACUAAAGUUACUUAUGCUCCCCAUGAUGAUGGUUACCAGUGGAGGAAGUAUGGGCAGAAAAACAUACAGAAGUCCAAGAGUUCAAGAAGUUAUUACAGAUGUACUUACAGAGAUGAAGGAUGCCGAGCAACAAAAUAUGUUGAAGAGAAGGAUUGCAAUGAUCCACAGUUGUUCUCGGUCACUUACUUUGAGAAGCACACCUGCAGAGUCAGCAAUGAUCCCAUCAUCAGUCCAGAAAUCAAAGUGGAUCAACUUCUUCCAAAAGAACCAAAUUUGUUUAGCUUUGAAUCAAAUGACAAUAUGUUCUCAUCCCUCGGAGCAUCAGGAACUCAACAAAGCAUUAAUGGACAAGAAAGAGUUGACCUUCAGAAUAUGCACAUAAAUGAUCAAACAACAAUUGAAUCAGUGGGAAAGAGCACUGAAGAUUGUUUGUGGGCUAUGCUUGAACCUUGGGAAGCCAUGAGUCUGGACUACUUGGUCAAUUCUUCCUUUGGAUCUGAUGAUGGUUUUUUGUUUUCAAGUUUCUAAAGUGUAAUGGAAUUCUUCUUAGCAAAUAUGUAGAUAAUAAUUAUAAUGAGUUUGUCCAUCAAAGAAGUAGAACCUUUC